AUGGUGAUGAUGCUAGGGGUGGUGAUGAUGCCGGGGAUGGUGAUGAUGCUGGUGAUGGUGAUGAUGCUGGGGAUGGUGAUGAUGCUGGUGAUGGGUGAUGGUGAUGAUGUUGGUGAUGGUGAUGGUGCUGGUGAUGGUGUUGAUGCUGGUGAUGGUGAUGAUGCUGAGGAUGGUGAGGAUGGUGAUGACGCUGGUGAUGGUGAUGAUGCUGUGGAUGGUGAUGAUGCUGGGGUUGUGAUAAUGUUGGUGAUGGAUGCUGGGGAUGGUGAUGGUGCUGAUACUGGGGAUGGUGAUGAUGAUGGUGUUGGUGAUGGUGAUAAUGCUGGUGAUCGUUAUGAUGUUGUUGAUAGUGAUGGUGCUGAGGAUGGUGAUGAUGCUGAGGAUGGUGAUGAUGCUGGGGAUGGUGAUGGUGAUGAUGCUGGUGAUGGUGAUGAGGCUGAGGAUGGUGAUGAUGCUGAGGAUGGUGAUGAUGCUGGGGAUGGUGAUGGUGAUGAUGCUGGUGAUGGUGAUGAGGCUGAGGAUGGUGAUGAUGCUGAGGAUGGUGAUGAUGCUGGGGAUGGUGAUGGUGAUGAUACUGGUGAUGGUGAUGAUGAUGGAGAUGGCGAUGAGGCUGAAGAUGGUGAUGAUACUGGGGAUGGUGAUAAUGCUGGUGACGGUGAUGACGCUGGGGAUGGUGAGGAUGCUGGUAAUGGUGAUGAUGCUGGGGAUGGUGAUGAUGCUGCGGAUGAUAAUGGUGAUGAUGCCGGUGAUAGUGAUGAUGCCGGUGAUGGUGAUGAUGCCGGUGAUGGUGAUAAUGCCAGGGAUGGUGAUGAUGCCGGUGAUGGUGAUGAUGGCAGGGAUUGUGAUGAUGCCAGGGAUGGUGAUGAUGCUGGGGAUGGUGAUGAUGCUGGGGAUGGUGAUGGUGAUGAUGUUGGUGAUGAUGACCUUGGGGAUGGUGAUGGUGUUAGUGAUGGUGACAAUGUUGGUAAUGGUGAUGACGCUGGGAAUGGUGAUGAUAUUGGUGAUGGUGUGAUGGUGUUGGUGAUGGUGAUGAUGCUGAUGAUG